AUGCUGCCAAAUCCGAAUAGCAAUAAGCCAGAAGAACUGCAUCGUGGAUCAACAGGCCACGGAAUUUCACUUGCUAUAUAUGCUGCCAAACAUAACAAGACAAGUGACCUGGCUUUGGAAGAGUCGCCGACGUUCUGGAACACCUACCUUGGCGGCAAGAUCGCGAUAGUUGCUAUCCCAAUCAACAUGGAUGGUUUCAGUACACAUAUCCAGCCACCUCCUGAGUACAUCAGUGUCAAAUGGAUAUCUGAUAUUUUUGUAUUCGGCAUGGGACUUGGAUGGGGCUCCCACUAUGCUGUGAUGACCUAUGUCUCCAUCAAAGAUCGAACAUAUUGCUUGAAUAUCAUGGCUCUCUGUGCUGACUUUGCAUGGGAAGUUGUGUAUGGCUUCGUUUAUCCAUCUAAUGACUGGGCCGAGAGGGUGGUGAUUUUUGUGGCACUGCUUGUCAACAUCUUUGUGAUGUACGGCGCCAUUCGCGCGACCCCGAAUGAGUGGCAGCACUCUCCUCUAAUUAUGCAAAAUUCCCUGCUGGUAUUUGUGGCCACGACAGUGCUAUGGCUGGGCGGUAUGCUCUCCAUGACCGCUCAACUAGGGCCAGCUCGUGCCUAUAGCUUUGGUGCCAUUCUAUGUCAGAUGUUGAUCAGUGUCGGCCAAGUCUGCCAGCUGUUGAGUCGAAACAAUACGCGUGGAGCAUCGUACACACUUUGGUAUGCUAUUUAG